UUUUUUUCUUUGCUGUGAUAAUAUUGAUGCAAUGGAAUCAAGAGCCACCAUUGUUGCAGUUUGUUGCAUCUUAGUUGUGCCUUCCAUCCUCUUCACUGCUCUCUGCGAUGCUAGAAUUCAUGGAAAAGGUUCAAAAAACAAGAUAAAAUCUGUAGAGCGUUUUAACAAGUACUCAUCACUGGGAUAUUCAGAUUUUAAUUCAUAUGGGUCUCCUUCUUCAUUACCACUACCACCAUUCAAUUCGGUAAUAACACCACAGCUGGCACCAGAAACUUCCACCCCACUCUCUCCAUUCACACCUUCACUACCACCACCACCAAAGCGUGCUCCAAAGCCGCCACCACAGCCGUCAUCAUCGAAUUCUGCGCACCAUAAAAAGGCAGUUUGGUGUGUGGCAAAGCCCACGGUGCCUGAUCCGAUAAUAAAGGCGGCGAUGGACUAUGCUUGUGGGUCUGGGGCGGAGUGCAAGAACAUUCAGCCCAAUGGGCCAUGCUACAUUCCUAACACCAUGCUGGCUCAUGCUUCUUAUGCUUUCAAUAGUUACUGGCAGAACACAAAGGUUGGUGGAGGCACUUGUGACUUUGGUGGCACUGCAAUGCUUGUCACAGUUGAUCCAAGCUUUGGUAAAUGCCAGUUCGUGUUGACUUAGCUUCCACGUUGCAUGGAACACAACUUCAGAUUUGUAUGUAGAAUGGUGAAAAUCUAUGCUCAACAUCAUUUUUUUGUUUCUCCCUCAAAGAAAUAAUGUAUCCAAAAUUCUCA